AUGGCCAUUGUUGGUUUGAAAGCUGAUAAUAAUACUACUACGUCUCAAGGCAAUGCUACUUCUUCUUCAUCAGCUGUUGCUGAAAUUCCUUCCGGGGGAAAUGGACAAGUAAGAAACGAGACUGCUCCUUCUUACACUAAUCAAGUUGUUAUCAACAACAAAAACAAGCAUCAAGGAAGAGGAGGAAGCGGUCGUGGCGGAGGUGGUGGAGGCUACUCAUGGGGAUGGGGAGGAGGUGGUGGCGGUGGUGGAGGGGGAAGGGGGAGGGGGGGGGGAGGGGGGGGUGGUGGAGGUGGGGGGGGGGGGUGGGGAGGAGGAGGAGGAGGGGCUGGUUGGUGGAAAUGGGGUUGUGGUGGUGGUAAAGGAAGAGGAGGAAGAAGGAAGAGGAGGUUUGAUGAGGCUGAUUAUGCGGUGGGGGAGUUUGCACAGUGCAUGCGCAAAGGGCGGUGUAAAGGCAUGAGAUUAGAUUGCCCUCUUCACUGCGGAGGGCCUUGCUACUAUGACUGCCAAUAUAUGUGCAAGGCUCACUGCAAACGACGUCGUUCCUGAUUCACUCUCGUUAACGUCUACUACGGCGCCCCUAUCCAUUUGUUUCGGACAGUCACAUUAAUCCUCCACGAUUA